GGUUGAGUGGGGAGUGAGAUUGGCUUGUUGUUGAGGUGAUUUUGUUGUUGAGGUGAUUUUGAGUUCUAGUUUGUUUGGUAUCGGCUUUAUUAAGGUUUAGAAUUCAUAAUAGACUUGAAAAAGCUAAUGACUUUGACAUGCUUUAGACAUCGAUUUUACAUACUUGUUUUGGGAUCGAGUUUGUUAUUUGAAUUGAAUUUGUCGAUAGUGUGUAGUCUUUUGUUAUUCAUUUGGUGCGUAGCUUUGACUCUGUUUUAUUUUAGAGGUAAACACAUUUGCUAGUUGAUUAUAUUUUGUUUCGAUUUGUGUUUCUAAGUAGUUUUGAAUUGUAAAAAACUAGUUAAAUGUGAGAUGGUUAUAUUUGGUUCGCUGUUAACUUAUGGAAUUCAUGUUUUUUAGGAAUGGCUCACCAGUUUCCUAAACGCAUUCUUCAAGAAGGUGCUGAGACGCAAAUGGAUAAGAUUAACAACACAUGUAGAAGGACGCUUCUGAAGGCGGUAAAGGUGGCUCUGAAAGAUGAGUAUGAGGAAGUUUUGAAAGACCCUGUCUUCGGGCCUCUUCUGGCGAUCAUAGAGAACAACCUCAUCUACUCAGGGAAGAUUAUUCACAGCUUCAUGUGCAAGCAGCUCAGGGUUUCCAAGCUUCACGAGCUGUGGUUUAUUUUUGCGAAGAGGCCUCUUAGGUUUUCUAUGCAAGAAUUUUAUGCUGUGACUGGAUUGAAGUACAAAGAGGAACCCGACGUAGACUUCAUUAACUGGAAGAAUGAUAAGGGGUUCUGGGCUAAUGCGCUGAAGACCAAUGCGAAGAUCAACUUAUAUACUAUAAGGGAUGAGCUCCUUAAGGUGUGUAACGAGUGGUCGUAUGUGGACAGAGUGAGGUUAGUGUAUCUGUCCAUUAUACAAUCAUUCCUCAUGGCUAAGGAUUGGAAAGUGUAUAUCCCUCAAGAAUACAUCCGCUUGGUGAUGGAUUUUGAGAAAUUGAGGAUGUAUCCUUGGGGUCUUCGCGCUUAUGAUGAGCUGAUUGCAUCAAUACUCAGAGCAAGAGAAGAUGUGCAUACGAAGAACAGCUACGUGUUGGAUGGAUUCUCAUAUGCGUUUCAGAUAUGGAUUAUGGAGGCAAUUCCAGACAUUGGUUCUAUGGUGGGUAAAAAAAUAAAAAAAAAACGUGAAGAAAAUGAGAUGUAGGAAUUGGAAAGGUAGUGGUAAAGUAUCCUACCAAGAUAUCACCAGCCUAGAGUCCCACUUUGAUAAGCUCGAUAAGCUUUAGAAGCCUUUGCAACCAAACCAGCCACACCUUUCCCACUAAAAUAUGUUACGACAUUAUUCAGCAAGUGGUGAAUGCAAAUUCCGUGAUGAGCUUGCGGGUACACGUUAGCAAUAGCUUUAGCAAUCGAGGAAUUCCUAUCAGACACAAAAGCUAAACUAUGCUCGUCAGCAAUGACCGCAUUAAGUUGUCUCAUAAACCAGUUCCACGCAAGGUCAUUCUC